AUGUUCAGACCAGAUCAACUAGGACUCUUUCAUCUCUCCGAACGCAACCAUGAAGCAUCUCUGCAAGAACAAGCCUCUAGUCCCUCCAACAAGUCUGUUCUAUCAUUUAAACAACAAGAUUUGAAAGAAUCCAAUCAUUUCCAAAUUGCAUGCAAUCGAGAGAGAAACAAUAUGGAUGAAGAUGAUGAUGUCCUAUCUUCAACAACCUUCCAAUUGGAUGAUGACCUUGAUGAAACCAUGAAAAGCUUUCUUUCAUGCCAAUGCAAGGCUUGUAAAGAACUUUCAAGUCAUCAAAGACCUCUCGGCAACAAGGAUGAAUUAAUAGAAGAACCUUCUCAUGAUUUGAAUGGAGCUCCAUCUGGCUUGGAGGAUCAUUUGAAAGUGAUUUCUGAUGAGAGUCCCCAUUCCCCUAUGAAAGACAAUUCAUUCUAUCCUUCUUCAAGAUAUUACAGCUGUGUUUUGGAAGAGGACAUGACCAGAGAAGAGAAAGAAAGAAGAAACCAAGAGAGAUUCUGUUGUUCAAUGUUGACUGACUCUUAUGAUAAACAUUUAGAAGAAGAAUUCAAACAAGAAGACAUUCAAGAGAAUAAGAUUGAAUCUGUGUUGAAAGAUGAAAGAUGUGCGAAGGUCCUUUUACUUCAAACUCUUGCAAGGUGCACACUUGUGAUGAAACACUUUUCAUUCGAAAGGAAUCAAAUUCAACGUUUUCAAGCAGUGAUUCGACAGUUUUUAGAAUGCAACAUGUUUGAACUCUCACGGAAUGCAUUAAGGAGGAUACAAGCGAUAUGCAGAGGCAACUCGUUAAGAGUUCACUUUCAUUGUGUUAUUUCAAUAAUUCCUCUCAUUCAAGCAUUGAUGAGAGCCUUGACCGUUCGGAGAAGAAUGAACAUGGUCAAGAGGCAUGGAGAGAGAAUCCUUGCACUUACACGAGGUGUUCUUACAAGGAAGAUGACGAAUCGUCUUGUUCUUCUUUCAUUGCAAUCCUCAUCAGAUUUAAUUAGAUCUGUUCAAACAUCAAGUAUGAAAUCCAAUGAUGAUCUAACAUCGGAGUCACACAGUGAUAGAAAUGUCAUGUCAGAGAAGAAAGAAGAAGGAAAUGACAGCAACAACAACAACUACUACUACUUUAGUACUUCUAACAAUUAUUCCUUUACAGAUGUUUUUAUUUCCUAUCAAGAGCCAACACUUUCUUCAUUGAAAGGUACCGAUGUGCCUGAGAUUACCACAAAGAAUUCCACGACAACCAUCAUGAUCCCAAAAGAAACAAGAAUUGCUAAAAAAAAGGAACGAUUAACUGUUUUCCCUCCUCAAAGAAGCAGCAUCCUUGAGAAAAAUCUCAAAUCUAAAAGGACAAUGACAUCUAAGGAAAAGGAUGAUCGUUCUCCUUGUGCAGAACCAUCCUUGUCCUCGGAGGUGACAAAGAUUCGAAAUGUUUCCACCCUUAGCGGAGCUUUGUUGAUGAUAAGGAAUGAUAUAAGUAGAAGGAAUGAUGAAUUUUAUGAUGAACAUUUGUUAAUGUCUGAGAAAGAUUUGUUAAAAGGAGAAGAAGAAGAAUUUGAAGAAAAUUCCAAUCAUGAGAGCUCUAAAGAUGAGGACAUUCCAAGUUCAAAAGUCUCUCAAGAAGAACAUUUUGUUCAUACAAGUUCUCAUCUUAUUAUGAGUGAACAGGAAAUGGAAGAAUUAUUUUCAAGAAGAGAGCAGAUACAAGAAAUGGAAAAACAAAUUCAAGAAUUGCGACAACAAGAAAGAUCUCUUAAGGAACGUUCAAAAGUGAAAAUUGAUCUUCUUCACAAGUACAACAAAAUCAAAGACGUUGGUCAGUUUUUAAUUGACAAGCUUUCCACAGUUGAGAAUCGAAUUGUUGCAAGUAUAUACGAAGAGUAUAAUCUUGAAAGUGAGGAUAUUCAAUAA